CCAUCCAGGACGGACCAGCUGGAGUCUGUAGAUCAAGCCCUUGUCCUUAAACUUGCCAGUCCUGUUUUUACAUUAAAUUCGUGUUUUUUGGGAUCAUUUUGUGACAGCAGCAUGUCUCUGGCUGCUGAGGCGUUCGUGUCGCAGAUGGCGGCUGCUGAGCCAUGGCCUGAGAGCGCCACACUGUACCAACCACUCAAGGAUGAGCAGAUUUUACUGUCAGACUGUGCGUCAUCGUUGGCAGUUCAGGCGUACCUCAGGAUGUGUGGGCUUCCCGUGCAGGUCGUUUGUAAAGCCAAUGCAGAGUUCAUGUCUCCUUCUGGUAAGAUUCCCUUCAUCCAUGUUGGAAACCAGGUGGUGUCUGAACUAGGACCAAUAGUACAGUUUACUAAAGCAAAGGGCCAUUCUCUGAGUGACGGGCUGGACGACGUGCAGAGGGCUGAGAUGAAGGCCUACAUGGAGCUGGUCAAUAACAUGCUACUCACAGCAGAGUUGUACAUUCAGUGGUGUGAUGAUGCCACAGCAGCAGAGAUCACCCGUCCCAGAUACAGCAGCCCGUACUCGUGGCCCCUCUGUCUGGUCCUGGCCUAUCAGAAGCAGUGGGAAGUCCGAAAGAAGAUGAACGCCAUUGGCUGGGGAGGAAAGUCCUUAGAGCAGGUUUAUGAAGAUGUGAGUCAGUGCUGCCAGGCUUUGUCUCAGCGACUUGGGACACAACCAUUUUUCUUCAACAAACAACCCACAGAACUGGACGCGUUGGUGUUCGGUCACCUGUUCACCAUCCUGACCACCAGACUGACCAGCACGGAGCUCGCCGAGAGGGUCAAGAGCUACAGCAACCUGCUCUCCUUCUGUAGACGCAUCGAGCAGACCUACUUCGAAGACAAGUCCUCCUGAAAUUCUCCAGAGUCCUCUCAAAAUCCUCCACAGAGUCCUCCACAAAAUCCUCCUCAAGUCCCCUACACGCCCUCCUCACAUUCUCCUGAAGUCCCUAAAAAGUUCCUCUGAUGUCCUCCUCAAACUUACCCUUUUGUCUCUGCUAAGUCCUCGUCAAGGUCCCUCAAAAGUCCUUCUCAAGUCUUUGUCCAUUCUCAAAAAAGUCCUCCUAAAAAUCCCUCCAAAGUCCUAGUCAAGUCUGAAAAAAAUAUCUCCUCAAGUCCAACAAAGAUCCUCCUCAAUUCUCUAAAAAAGUCUCGAUUUCCUCCACAAAGUUCCCCUCUCGUCCCCACAAACCCUGCAGAAAGUCCCUGUAAAAUCCUUGUUAAAUCCUCCUCAAAUUCCCACAAUGUUCUGCCCCUCAAGUCUCCCUCAGGUCCUCCUUAAGGCCGCUAAAAGUCCUCCCGAAGUCCCCACUAAGUCCUCCUGAAGUCUUCAACAAAGUCCACCUCAAGUCCUCCUCAAAUUCUCCCAAAGUCCCCCUGUAUCCGAUCUGUAUUCACGUUGGUGUCAUUCCCUCUCUGUACAUUUUGUGUCCUCACACUUUUAUGUAGAGCUUGUAAAAUGUUGCACGUUGCUUUUUGUUUUUAAUGUAUGUAAUGUACAUGAAGUAUUUCCAUUGAUAGACACACAGGAGUCUAGUACAGAGCCCUGGAGUCUUUCAGGUUUUGAAUAUAGUGGAUGGAUUAUGAACACAAAAACACACUAUUUUAAAUGGUAUUUUUGUAAAUGUCAGAUCAUUUUUAAUUUCCCAUAGCCUGGCCAGCUAUGAUCUAUUCUUUUUCUUACCUAUUUUAUUUUUUUAGUAUCAUUUUAGUGCAUAAAAAGACUAUUUAUCAGCUUUGGAUUUAGACAUGUAACCAAGCUGAAUGCAUUUGAAUGUUUAGGAAAAAAGGUGCCCAGACUAUUUGUAAAUGAUUUCAUGGUUACACAAUUAUGCAGUUUUCUUUCUUUCCUUCUUUCUUUCUUUCUUUCUUUUUUUAAGUAAUACAUAAGUGACCUACAGAAGACAUAUAAGGCAAAUAUGUAAAAAUCCUGUAUCCUCCCUCCUGUACUUGUGUAUAGAACCAUGAACAUAAUGAGAUGUGAUUAUGAUUUGAUUUUUCUAAGUGUGUGUUUGUGUGAAUGAGAAGUGCCUCCAUUAAACAGUCACUGGACUACAA